UCUCUCUCUCUCUCUCUCUCUCUCUCUACUGUAACUCCCGCUGAGACUUUUUCUCUAUUUUCUUUCCAAAAAUAAGUCCAAAAAAUUUCCAAAUAAAGUUGUUUCUCUUUUCAUCGUCCUCGAUUCUUUCCUCUUCGUCGAUCAUGCUUCAAAGCUUAGUCCCUCAAUCUCCAAUCGGUUCAAACCCUAACCCUAAUUCUACUUCUUCUGUUGCCAUGAAGACGAAGAGAGUUGAGCGUGAGCAUCUUGCCGGAGCGGAGUCCUCCGGCGAUCGCGAAGACGAGCAGCAGCCGUUGAAGCGACCAAAUGUGUCCGGCGAGGCCGUGGUUGAAGUGGAGGAGCCGGUGGAGGAGGCGGAGUCGAGCGGCCUGAGGCUGUUAGGGCUGUUGCUACAAUGCGCCGAGUGCGUCGCCAUGGACAAUCUGGAUGACGCGAGUGAUCUUUUACCAGAGAUUUCAGAACUGUCGUCACCGUUCGGGUCGUCGCCGGAGCGAGUUGCAGCGUACUUCGCGGACGCGCUUCAGGCGCGUAUAAUCAGCUCGUGCCUUGGUACCUACUCGCCUCUCGCCAUCAAAGCCCUAACGCUGUCGCAGAACCAGAGGAUCUGCAACGCUCUCCAAUCCUAUAAUUCGAUCAGUCCAUUGAUCAAAUUCUCACACUUCACCGCCAAUCAAGCCAUUUUCCAAGCUCUGGACGGCGAGGAUCGUGUCCACGUCAUCGAUCUCGACAUCAUGCAGGGCCUCCAAUGGCCAGGAUUGUUCCACAUCCUCGCCUCCCGGUCCAGGAAAAUCAAGUCCGUACGAGUCACCGGCGUCGGAUCCUCCAUCGAGCUCCUCGAGGCCACCGGUCGGCGACUUGCUGACUUCGCGAGUUCUCUUGGUCUCCCCUUCGAGUUCCACGCGCUGGAAGGCAAAGUCGGCAACAUCACCGAUCCGAGUCAACUCGGUGUUCGGCCGAGCGAAGCCACAGUAGUGCACUGGAUGCACCAUUGUCUGUACGACAUCACCGGCAGCGAUUUAGGGACGUUGAGAUUGUUGACUUUGCUGCGACCAAAAUUGAUCACGAUCGUUGAACAAGAUCUCAGCCACGGUGGCAGUUUCCUCGGGAGGUUCGUUGAGGCCCUGCAUUAUUACUCGGCGUUGUUCGACGCCUUGGGGGACGGAUUGGGUGUGGACAGCCUAGAGAGGCAUACGGUGGAGCAGCAGUUGCUCGGGUCCGAGAUCAGGAACAUCGUGGCCGUUGGUGGACCCAAGCGGACGGGUGAGGUCAAGGUGGACCGGUGGGGGGACGAGUUGAGUCGAAUCGGGUUUCGCCCUGUCUCACUCGGCGGCAACCCGGCUGCUCAGGCGAGUUUGCUACUCGGAAUGUUUCCAUGGAAGGGCUACACAUUGGUAGAAGAAAACGGAAGCCUAAAGUUGGGUUGGAAAGAUUUAUCAUUGCUCACUGCUUCUGCAUGGCAACCAUCGGAUUAGACCCUCGUGUUGGACUACAACAUUGAAGAGGUAUCAUAUCUUAAUUUCUUAAAUCAUGGCCGAAAAUCAAUCAUAAUAAUUAAAAUUAAUAUUAAAAUUGAUUUUUAGAGCCCAUGAUACUCAUUGCUGUACUGCAUUAGCGAAAAUUGAAUUGAAAUUUUUGAGGAAUUGAGAUCAAGAUCAAAGGAGUAGUUCUUUGAAGGGGAAACAUGGAUAAAUGUAGCAAUCUAGUCUAGCAAAAUGCCAAAAAGCAAGGAGAUGAAAUUUUUUGGGGAAAAGGGGAAAAAGGGUCCUGUGAAGUUGGAGGUGAUCUAAUGAACGGGGAACGGAUGAUGUUUUUAUUCAAAUUGAAAUUCAUUUGAAUGUUAAUAUAAUUUAUUGGAGGCAUGUUCCUUUUCAUUCCA